AUGGAUGAAAGGCUUCUGAAAAGCCAUGACGAACUAGCAUUAAAAACUCGAAAAAUAACCACUUCAAUGGGACCCGAGAUGACAUAUGACAUCCACAGGAGAAGAAUUAGUUCAAGAGAUGAGCUGGCAGGGUCUACAUCUUCUAGACACGGGGAGCCUACUCCUGAACUCACGACAUACGGAGGCAUUAAAUUAGGAUGGGUGCAGGGCGUAUUAAUACCAUGCUUGCUGAACAUUUGGGGUGUGAUGCUGUUCCUUCGCAUGGCGUGGAUCGUGGCGCAGGCGGGCAUAGGCCUCUCCAUCCUCAUCAUCUUCAUAUCGGGAGUGGUGUGCUGCAUCACUACGCUCUCUCUCAGCGCUAUAUGCACUAAUGGUGAACUUCAAGGAGGUGGCGUAUAUUUCCUCGUGUCCAGAUCUUUAGGUGCAGAGCUCGGUGCAUCAGUGGGAAUAAUAUUCGCGUUUGCAAAUGCUGUGGCAGCCAGCAUGAACACUAUAGGAUUUUGCGACUCACUCAACGAAUUGCUCAAGGCCAAUAGUGUUAAAAUAAUAGACAAUGGUCCGAAUGACACGCGAAUUGUUGGCGCCAUAGCUUUGUUCGUGAUGUGUGUUAUAUGCGCCAUCGGCAUGGACUGGGAAACUAAGACUCAAAACUUUUUGAUUACUGUCAUACUUACAGCGAUAGCAAAUUUCAUACUUGGUGCAGCUCUUGGCCCAGGCUCAGAUCAAGACAAAGCUCGCGGUUUUGUGGGACUCAGUUUGGAACAGGCUCGAGUAAACUGGUCGCCUGAUUUUCGGUACAGUGAGGGAUCAUACCACGAUUUCUUCAGCGUUUUUGCUAUUUACUUCCCCGCUGUAACAGGUGUUCAAGCAGGUGCCAAUAUUUGUGGUGAUCUAAAAGAUCCAGCGACGGCCAUACCUAAAGGGACGUUCCUAGCUCUAGCCAUAUCUAUAACAUCAUACCUGACGAUGGCAACACUGUCAGGAGUGGGGGGCUUGAGAGAUGCAUCUGGCAACACCACCGACAUCGCUAAUGGCUCCAUUAGCGAUUGCAAGCCUAACUGCAACUAUGGACUCCACAAUAGCUACGAAAUAAUGCAUCUCAUGGCAUUCUUCGGGCCUCUGAUCUACGCGGGGUGUUGGGCAGCCACCCUGUCAACUGCUCUGACGAAUCUACUAUCAGUGCCACGGCUGAUCCAAGCGCUGGGCUUCGACCGCAUAUAUCCCGGACUCAUCUUCUUUUCAAAGAGAUACGGUCGACACGGCGAACCGUACAGAGGAUAUGUGCUGACCUUCUUGGUGUCCGUUUCUUUUCUGCUCAUUGCGGACUUGAACACGAUAGCACCGUUGAUCACCAACUUCUACCUCGCCUCGUACGCGCUCAUCAACUUCUGCACAUUUCACGCGGCAUUCUUCAAACCUCUCAACUGGAGACCACGGUUCAGGUUCUACAACACGUGGGUGUCGCUGAGCGGCUUUUUAUUGUGUCUCGUCAUAAUGAUGGUCAUCAGCUGGGUGAUGGCACUCCUCACCACCUUCAUUUUCAUCACACUCUAUCUCUUGGUACUCUAUAGGAAGCCAGAGACCAGCUGGGGCAGUAGUACGGACGCCCAACGUUACCAGGAGACCAUCUCGUCGAUAGUGCAGCUGUACCACAUGACUGCUCACGCCAAGGCAUUCAACCCUCAGCUGCUGAUACUCUCCGGGAAGCUCGAAGCCAGGCCCUGGCUGGUAGACCUCGGAACUCUCAUCACUAAGACCGGAUCGUUUAUGAUUUUGGCAGAAAUUGAACCAACGGAGCUGAGCCGGAUGGAGCGGAAUCAGCGACAGCUGGCAGGAGAAGAAUGGCUGCGGGAGCGCAAGCUGCGUGGGUUCUACGUGCUCAUCCAAGGCGAGGAGCCGGAGCGGUCGCUGCGGGCGCUGGUGCAGGCCACGGGGCUCGGCCGCAUGGCGCCGAAUAUCGUGCUCUACGGCUUCAAGUACAACUGGGCUGCCUGCUCGCACAACGACCUGCUGGCCUACUACCACAUGAUACGGUUGACAUUCCGAUUCGAAAUGUCCGUGGCGAUCUUGUACGUUCCAACCAACAUGCGCCCUAAGAAAAAGCCACCAUCGUCAGUGCCUUCUCCCGGAGCGGACACUGGUGCGCCGCUUGAGUACUACGAAGAUCGAGCGACGCGAUUGCGAACGCUCGCGGUCAUGAGUUCCACUUCCGAUGUCAACUUACAGCAAUCUACGACACACUAUGAGGUUAAUGAUUUUUCUAGAAGGAGUAACACACCACCACCUGUGAGAGAGAGAGAGAGUUACGAUGCAGUAUCUCUAAGGCUCUCACCGUCUCAGAUCAGUCGCACGGGGGCCCGCAGAAUUGGAGCCUACAAACCUUUGACGUUCAACAGCAAUAGUAUUUUAGACGCAUGGUGGCUGUAUGACGACGGUGGCAUGAACAUUCUUCUGCCUUACAUAAUAGCUAGAAGAAGUGUUAAAGAGAAAAUGAUGCUGAGAAUAUUUGCUCUUCCUCGAGGGAAAACACCAAUAAUUGAGGCACAGAAACAGAUGUCGUCCCUACUGAAGAAGUUCCGCAUAGACUACACACAGCUGACAAUGGUGACGGGCCUCGCAGACAAGCCAGCCGCCUCAACGUGGACUUUGUUUAACAACAUGAUUAAGAACCAUAGAACGGUUAGCGAUGACGAGACCCUUAUAUCGGAUGAAGAAGCAGUGCGACUAUACGACAAGACUUCCAAGCACUUGAGACUGCGAGAGCUGCUGAUAGAGAACUCUUUCGGCGCAGACUUUAUCGUCAUGACGUUGCCUUUUCCCAGACAGGGCAUAUCAGCGGCUAUGUAUAUGGCUUGGAUGAGCGUCAUGAGUCAGGACAUGCCGCCGCUCCUCUUCGUGCGUGGCAACUCCACUGUCGUCAUCGCAUAGCUCAUAUUAUCGCUACAAGUUAAUAUCGAUUAUAUAUCAAAUUGAUUAAUUAAUCUUCUAAGUAAGCGUUGGUGUCCACAAGUGUAUAUUGUAAAAUCUUGGUUGCACCACUUUAACGCUAAACCAAACCACAACCAGCCGUAUACUUGCCACCCAUUGGUUAAAUCGGCGAUUUGACAACUGUGGUUCGGUUAUCGUUAAAGAUAGAUGGUGAAACUCACCGUUAGUAUAAUGUGAUGAUAAACAAAACUAGUAAAGUCAAUAUAUUACAA